ACCACUUCACUUCAUUCAUUCAACUCCCUUGCCCGGAGUUGCACAGGUCUUCCCCCUUGUGAUCCCAUCAUCAAACGCCACCAUUCAACGCGUCGGGUCCCGGGACUGUCGUUCACCAGUAUCCGUGAUUGCUUAUUGAGUGCUACUUCACUUUGCAGACGAAAAGAAUCAUCCUCCCUUGGCGUUUGCUUAGAGCGGCACACUCCCCCUCUAAAGUACGUUCCAUAUUAUUACACCUAGGACACUAUUAUAUCGACAGCAAAUUGUAAUAUGUUCAUCCUUGAGUUAUUACCUCAGCUUCAAGAUGAAGCGUGUCAUCGCAUGUUGGCAGUGGUUUGCGGGGCUUUUCAAACCCCUACGAGUGUCAAAUCCCGUCACUGUGCACUCGACUACCAAGCGCGAACUAUGGUUGAGUUACGAGAUUGAAUCUGGGCCAACUCCCGACCAGAGAGCAGAAAACUACACUCGACAUUGUAGGCUUGAAGGCCUUCCGCCCGAACUUCGGCGCUACCUUCUCUCUACCUUGGAUAUCAUACCAAUGAUGGCUAUCAUACAGGCCUCGCCCAUCUUUUACCAGCAGUAUCUUUCCGACCGCAAAUUCCUCCUCUGUAGUAGCCUCGAGACGACCCUAGGUAGCGCAGUCGUUGAUGCCUUUUUCACCCACUUCUUUGUAACCCAGGCAAGCUUAGGGAGCGUGUCCACCGAUAUAUUCUCUGCCAACUGCCGCAGCUUUCAGGCAGAGAAUAUUAUGAAACAAAAGCUGACCGAGUUCGUGAAAUCGUAUUCGGAAAUUACGUUUCAACGCUGUCUACCGCAUACACUUACCGCCAAACUGACUGAAGACGAAGCUAUAAGCAUGGCUCGCUUUUAUGUUCGAUAUGUCAGGCCUCUCAUAGACUACUUUGGUUGGUGGAUGCUUGAAAACCUCGCUGAAGAAGCAGGGGAAGACAUUUCCAUUAACAGACCAGGAAUCACAUUAUCUCGAACAGAGAUGCUGCGAUUGACGAGAGCUAUAUAUCGCCUUCAGAUACUCGGCCAAGUGAAUGCUGCCAAUCGGCUUGUCAGUGGACAUCCGGAGGAUUAUGUAGAGGUUGUUCUUGACACAUUCGAGCCAUGGGAGGCUGAGGAGCUUUUCUCGUUUUACCAGUUUGCGCAUGCUCAUUACUACAUGAUUUUCAAUGACAUUCGCUGGGACCUGCAUCCGGAUAACCCCAGUUUUGCAGACCAAACCCGACCUCCUACUCCAAGUGGAGCCUUUGAUAUGGAUAAUCCAAUGGACUUUGAUAAUUUGCUAGAAGGGACAACGCUACGCGGUCUUCGUCUAUUACACACGGUUCUUUUCAGGCUCAAGGAUCACUCACAUCUCGUCUCUAUAAUGCAAGAGCACAUAACUAGGUCAUACAUUCCGUUAAAUGCAUAUGAAGGUUAUUUUGGCUGGACGGAUCAAGAAUUACGGCGCCGCAGAAACCCCUCCGACCGAGACCGGAUGCAAAAAGCUAAAGUCCAGUUCCUCUUUCGAGGAGAUGCUGAGCCCGACGGGCCACCGCUUGCAUGGAUUAGGAUAUGGAAGAAUACUUACAGCAACUUGUAUGGCCGGUAUAUUCCAGAUGAAAUGCGGCGUUGGGGUUUUGUCUUCUGGGACGCAGCGACGCUAGAGUCCACCAGGGGAAUGGAGGUUCUGGAGCGACAGUGGCGAAAGUGUUGGAAAGGCGAGGAUCCCAGAGAAAGUUUGUCGUACUAAACUAUUUGCUCAAUCGUCUUGUAAUCCUCACAAGACGAACGAAAUCGUGCGUUUACCUACUUAGCAGAUUGGGAUUUUCCGCAAUAGUCCGAGACCUGGUCGACUAGGACCAAUAUGUAAGCCAACGCAAGCCUUAGCUAACUUAGGUAUUGAAUGAAAAUAAGCAGUAAUGUGGUCAGCCU